AUGGCGAAGCGGUGGUCUUCGAGGAACAGGGCCCUGGAGGAGCAGGUGGAGCACCGUGGCAUCAAGCGGAAGCUCUCUGAGGUCUUCAACGAGGGCAAGGAGAACGUCAAGUACCUCCCAGGCGUCGUGCUGCCUGACAACAUCCGCGCCGAGCCGGACUUGAAGAAGGCCGCAGAGGGCGCGGACGUGUACGUGUGGGUGCUGCCGCACCAGUUCGUGCCGAAGACCGUCGCCAACAUGGGCCCGGUCAAGGAGGGCGCGAUGUCCGUCAGCCUCAUCAAGGGCGGCCUCGAGCUCUCGGGCGGCAAGAUGGGCCUGUGCUCGGACGUCCUGCGCGGGCUGCUGAAACACAACGUCUCGGUGCUCAUGGGCGCCAACGUGGCUAACGAGGUCGCCGACGAGCAGUUCUGCGAGGCCACCUUGGGCACCGACGCGUCGGAGAAGGACCAGCAGCUCCUGGUCAAGCUCUUCGACUGCCCAACCUUCCGCGUGCGGGCGGUAUCGGACAUUGCGGGCGUGGAACUCUGUGGCGCCCUCAAGAACGUGGUGGCCCUUGGGGCUGGCUUCUGCGACGGAAUAGGUUUCGGCAGCAACACGAAGGCGGCUAUCAUCCGAAUCGGGCUGGAGGAGAUGACCGCCUUCAUCCGCCACUUCCACCCGACAGUGAAGGACGCCACCUUCCUCGAGAGCUGCGGCGUCGCGGACCUCAUCACGACCUGCUUCGGGGGGCGCAACCGGAAGUGUGCCGAGGCCUGGGUGAAGGCGGGGACCAGCAAGAGCUGGGCCGACAUCGAGAAGGAGCUCCUGGGGGGCCAGAAGCUGCAGGGCACGCUCACGGCGCAGGAGAUCUGGCCCAUCAUGCAGGCCAACAAGCUGACGAACCGGUUGCCACUGCUCACGACCAUAUACCAGAUUGCUUUUGAGGGCAAGGACCCGAAGAGCAUCGUGGAGCUCUCGCCAGCCGUCAAGGACGCCAACGAGCACGAGGGCAAGUGA